GUAAUAUGCACAAUGCGUAUUAAUAGGGAAACCGUUUGUGUUUCCCUGGGGUGAUUUUUCAGACUGGGGCAGUGUGUGUCCAGUAUCGUGAGCUGGAGCUUGUGCCUUGUGCACCGCGUUACAUGUACCAGUGUUUGAAUCAUACAACUGCAUGAUCUGCAGGCAACACUUGUGGAAGACGGAUUUUUGCUUUCAUCCAGUGGGCUAGGUUAAGCCUUUUAUACACUCUCCAGUCUUUUCAGGCGAAUCUAAACCAGGGUUCCUUCAAAUUAACACAACUGAUUAUUUGAGGCAAGGGAAAGUAAGGGAGACCCAAACUUCCAUUUGUUUGCAGUUGUUACUAGUAGGGCGCUAGCUUUUAGUACGUGAACUAUUUUCUGGGGAGGAGCCCACGUGAAAACUCGCUUAUUCCCCACAGAGGAAUCGCCCUUGGUGGUAACCAGUGUUUCCCUCUUGGCUUGUUGCUCGCAGUCCGCCGGGGGAUCGGUUUCUCAGCUGGAACCGUCGUUCCGCGUUUCUCGGUAACUAAGGGCAACUCUGGCUCCCGGAUGUGACGUCCAAGUUCCUUACCUUCGUUCUUCCGUCUAUUGACGCAACCUCUGGGCUCCCGGAUUCGGUUGUUGUGUACGUGGAAGAAGCUUGCGCAUGCGCACCCCGGCGCUUCGCCACUGCUGUGCGGGAAGGGCUGAGGGUAACAUCCCCGGCUCGGGAAAGAUGGUCUGGGUCAUGGCCGCUCGCUGAAAGGGCCCACCUAGUGAGAAGGGGGCGAGGCAGUUCCUCUGCACCCUUCCUCGGGCCUGAGGCCGGUCGGCCUGGCGUGAGGCCUUCUCGCUUGGAGCUGCCGCCGCCUCUCUGGCUGAGGAGGGGAGAUGAGUUGGUUCAAUGCGUCCCAGCUCUCCAGCUUCGCCAAGCAGGCUCUUUCUCAGGCCCAGAAGUCCAUCGACAGGGUCCUGGACAUCCAGGAAGAGGAGCCGAGCGCUUGGGCUGAGACCAUUCCUUAUGGAGAGCCGGGAAUAAGUUCCCCGGUUGGUGGAGGAUGGGAUACUUCAACCUGGGGGUUAAAAUCAAACACUGAACCUCAGAGUCCACCAAUAGCCUCUCCUAAAGCAAUUACAAAGCCAGUUCGGAGGACUGUGGUAGAUGAAUCUGAAAAUUUCUUCAGUGCCUUUCUCUCUGCGGUGGAUGUCCAGACCAUUCAAAAGAGUCCUGUGGUAUCAAAACCACCAGCUAAAUCACAACGACCGGAAGAUGAAGUAAAAAGCACUUUACAGGAAUCCUUGCACACUGGAGAGUCAAGAACUGAAACAACUGAGUCAAAAGCAAAAGACUCUUCUCUUUGUGCAUUAGGGGAAACUCUGGCAGUAGAGACUCCAUCACCUAAAACUGAAGGCAAGCAUGAUGAAAUUGUUAAUAAAAAAAAAAUUGUUAAUAAAGAAUCUGAUAUGAAGGUGCCAACCAGAUGUUUGAAAAUAUCUGAAAGUGUAAUUAAUGUGAAAACGACUACAGAAAAUGUACCUACUGUGUCUACACAGCCUCUCACAGCAGAAACAAAGGACAUGGCUUUGGAACCUAAGGAACAAAAACAUGAAGACAGACAGAGCAAUACACCUUCUCCUCCUGUUAGUACCUUCUCAUCAGGUACUUCCACCACUAGUGAUAUUGAAGUUUUAGAUCAUGAAAGUGUAAUCAGUGAGAGCUCAGCAAGUUCAAGACAAGAGACUACAGAUUCAAAAUCAAGUCUUCACUUGAUGCAGACAUCUUUUCAGCUUCUCUCUGCAUCUGCUUGUCCUGAAUAUAAUCGCUUAGAUGAUUUUCAAAAGCUCACUGAGAGUUGCUGCUCUUCUGAUGCUUUUGAAAGAAUAGACUCAUUUAGUGUGCAGUCGUUAGAUAGCCGGAGUGUAAGCGAAAUCAAUUCAGACGAUGAAUUGUCAGGCAAGGGCUAUACUUUAGUACCUCUUAUAGUUAAUUCUUCAACUCCAAAGACUAAAAUAGUUGAGUCUGUUGAAGGCAAAUCUGAAGAAGUAAAUGAAACAUUAAUUAUACCCACUGAGGAAACAGAAAUGGAAGAAAGUGGACGAAGUGCAACUCCUGUUAACUGUGAACAGCCUGAUAUCUUGGUUUCUUCUCCACCAGUAAGUGAAGGGGAUGCUGUCUUGGACAAGAUGUCUGAGCAAUGUAAGGCUGCUGAAAGUCAGCCAGAAGCACUUUCUGGGAAGGAAGAUUUUUGCAAGACAGUUGAAUUUCUGAAUGAGAAACUGGAAAAAAGGGAGACUCAGUUAUUGUCUCUUAGUAAAGAAAAAGCACUUCUAGAAGAAGCCUAUGAUAAUCUGAAAGAUGAAAUGUCCAGAGUGAAAGAAAGCAGUAGCAUUUCUUCCUUGAAAGAUGAGUUUACUCAAAGAAUUGCAGAAGCAGAAAAGAAAGCUCAGCUAGCCUGCAAAGAGAGAGAUGCUGCUAAAAAGGAAAUCAAAAGUAUAAAAGAAGAGCUUGCUACUAGGUUAAAUAGUAGUGAAACCACAGACCUUUUGAAAGAGAAGGAUGAGCAAAUCCGAGGUUUAAUGGAAGAAGGAGAGAAACUUUCAAAACAGCAGCUGCAUAAUUCUAACAUCAUUAAGAAAUUAAGAGCUAAAGACAAAGAAAAUGAAAAUAUUAUUCUAAAGCUGAACAAAAAAGUUAAAGAACUAGAAGAAGAGUUGCUACAUUUAAAACAGGUCCUUGAUGGCAAAGAAGAGGUUGAGAAGCAACAUAGAGAAAAUAUUAAAAAACUGAAUUCUGUGGUAGAACGUCAGGAGAAGGAUCUUGGCCAACUUCAAAUAGACAUGGAUGAACUUGAAGAAAAGAACCGAAGUAUUCAGGCUGCCCUUGAUAGUGCAUACAAAGAACUUACUGAUCUUCACAAGGCCAAUGCUGCAAAAGAUAGUGUGGCACAGGAAGCUGCUCUAUGUCGUGAAAUGAAAGCUAAAGAAGAGCUUUCUGCAGCACUGGAAAAGGCCCAAGAAGAAGCCCAUCAGCAGCAAGAAACAUUAGCAAUUCAAGUGGGGGACCUUAGGCUGACACUGCAACGUGCAGAACAAGCAGCUGCCAGAAAAGAGGAUUAUUUACGCCAUGAAAUCAGUGAACUCCAGCAGAGACUCCAAGAAGCAGAGAAUCGAAACCAAGAUCUAAGUCAAAGUGUGUCAUCAACAACAAGACCAUUACUUCGACAAAUAGAAAAUUUGCAAGCAACUUUAGGGUCCCAGACGUCAGCGUGGGAGAAGUUAGAGAAGAAUCUUUCUGAUAGGCUUGGUGAAUCCCAGACCUUAUUGGCAGCAGCAGUUGAAAGAGAACGUGCGGCUACAGAAGAACUCCUUGCCAACAAAAUUCAAAUGUCUUCCAUGGAGUCACAGAAUUCUCUCUUAAGACAAGAAAACAGUAGAUAUCAGGCUCAACUAGAAUCAGAGAAAAAUAGGCAGAAACUGGAGGAUGAAAAUAAUCGGUACCAGGUCGAAUUAGAAAACCUAAAAGAUGAAUAUGUAAGAACACUUGAAGAGACAAGGAAAGAAAAGACACUGUUGAAUAGUCAGUUAGAAAUGGAAAAAAUGAAAGUUGAACAAGAAAGGAAGAAAGCAAUUUUCACUCAAGAAGCAAUAAAGGAAAAGGAACGCAAACCAUUUUCUGUUUCUAGCACUCCCACAAUGUCACGCUCAAGUUCAAUAAGUGGAGUUGAUAUGGCAGGGCUACAAACAUCUUUUCUCUCUCAGGAUGAGCCUCAUGAUCACUCAUUUGGACCAAUGUCUGCAUCAGCAAAUGGAAGCAAUAUUUAUGAUGCUGUAAGAAUGGGAGCUGGAUCAAGCAUUAUUGAAAAUCUACAGUCUCAACUAAAGCUAAGGGAAGGAGAAAUUACUCAUUUACAGUUAGAAAUUGGCAAUCUGGAAAAAACUCGAUCAGUAAUGGCUGAAGAGCUAGUUAAAUUAACAAAUCAAAACGAUGAACUUGAAGAGAAAGUAAAGGAAAUACCCAAACUUCGAACUCAGCUAAGAGAUUUGGAUCAAAGAUACAACACUAUUCUGCAGAUGUAUGGAGAAAAAGCAGAAGAAGCAGAAGAACUUCGAUUAGAUCUUGAAGACGUAAAAAAUAUGUAUAAGACUCAAAUAGAUGAACUUUUAAGACAGAGGCUCAGUUAACUUCUGAAAAUGGCAUUCCCAUCAAACUGAAUGUAGACAUUGAAUAUCUGAAUGCGGAUUUCCAAUAAAUUCUUUUAAAGAUUUAGAAAGUGGGGUUUACUGUAGAGUUCAGAAAUUGGAAAACACUGCUUUACAAUGUGUAGUACUAUUUGCAGUUACAUCAUUUUGUGCAAUAUUUGAACUUUUUUUCCAAGAUGCAAUUGUUGUCUUCUUGAUUCUAAUCUCAAAUUGAUAUAAUUACUGUAAUAUUUUUCCCUUUUAUAACAAAAAAGAUAUGGGUUUUCAGUUUGGAAAAAAAGCCUGUAGUUGAUAUCUCAGUGAAAAAUUAUUAGUUUCAAGAACAAGCUUCCUUCCACCCAAGUCAAUAGAACUUACCUUAAAGCUGACCUAAACUUUAUUUUUGAAACUGUUCUUUAAAGAUUAAUUUCUUAAAGCAUCCAUUAUUUUUUUGUCUUGAAUAGCAGAGAGAUUUAUUACUUUAUCUUCAUAUCAGUGUGGUUAUGGAAGGAAAGUGGUAUUCAUAUAUGUAUUGUAGAUAUAUAACUGUGUCUGUAAUUUAUAUGUGUAUGUAUUGAGACCAUCUAAUGAAUAAUGUUGAAAUAUUGAAACUUUAGAAUCUUCCACACUUAAAUCUUCAGCAUAUCUAAUUACUACUCAUAAAAAUGUAUAUUCAGUGUUCAAGUGAAAAAAACUAUUAAAAAGCAGUUACUAAAUUUUGAACUAAAAAUUUUUUUUUUAAAAAGUAGAAGUCACACUGAGACUGUCUGAAAUUUAAAGGGUGAAUAAUUCAAACAUUUUUUAUUUUUUGGUUUGAAAAUUUACUACAUUUCAUGUUCUUAGCCAGAAUUGGUAUAAUUCUUAGUAAGUGAACUUACAGAACCCGCUUCCAUAGUCUGUGCAAAUGUCUCUUUGGUACCUGUCAGGAGAAGGCUGCAGCUGGCUCUUCAUUGUUUAUCUGGUCAUAAUUGGAUAGUGAAAAAAAUUUAAAUGGUUUUGUGAUGGGAUGAGUAACAUUUAAGUGAUUUUGAAAGAGGUAUUGUUUUACUAUCCUAUUUAAUGAAUAAAAAGCAAUACAAUUAUUAACAUAAUUUGGUCUUUAAAAAUUCCUUGUUCACAUUUGUUAAAGCCAUAUUUUUGGCACAUUAAAAACUGUGUUGAUAUUCACAGUAUCCAUAACAAAAUAGAAUUAUAGAAGUUAAUUUAAGUUUUGUAUUUUUGCAAUUUUGUAAAUUUUAUUUUAUUUUUUUCUUGAACUUAAAACACAAAAAUAUUGUAGAAUAGCUUUUUGAAAAAUAGCUAUGCUUUCCAAAUGUUAUUUUGUUCAGAAAUUAACCAGGCUGUGUUUUAGAUCUUUGAAAUAUUUUGAUACAUUUUAUUACUGAAAGUUAUUUAACUGCUUUUAUUUGGUAAUAAAAGCUCUCAUUUAAUUUUCAGUUAAAUUUAAACACUGGGAUUUUGGAGUAUGAGUAAGCCAGGUUGAAAGAAUUUGGAGAACUUUCAGGGCAAUUCAAGUGACCUCAUUUCUUUCUUUUCAUGUUCCAGGCAGCAUUUCUGUCAGUGGAUCUCUGAUUGUAGCUUUAAUAAAUAUUCUUUGAGCAUGAGCCAAAUUCAUAAAAUUUUCUGUAUUUUAGUGGUAAAAAGCAGUCUAAUAUCAUUUUGUUGACUUUUAAAAAAUAUUCAGGGGCAGAGUAAGAUUGAUAGCAAUAAGAAAUGUACAGAAUUAGAAAAUACAGAAAACAUAUAAGUUACAGAUUUCUUUCAAGCAUUUGAAACCAAGAGUUUAGAAUUAUGAAUUGUUCUUCUAAAAUAUCCAUUAUUGGAGAAAACAAACUCUUUCAGUUUGUGGAGAAAGGAUUAAAAUAAAAUUCUUCUAUGCCUUACAAUUUCAUAAUAGUAAACAUUCUUUUUUCUUAAUCCUUAUUAAUUUUAAUAAAAUCAAUUCCACAUAAAAUUAAAGUGUUUUCAAUUUAUUUAAAAAUGACAAAUAUCUAUUUAAAUCUCUGGCUGUGUAUUAGCAUAUAUUAUUCUUUAACAGCAAAUUAACAACUGAUACUCAAGCUGAUCUUAUUUUGAUGGUACUUAGAUCACUUUAUAGAUUCUUAAAUUGAGAAGGUAUGUUGAAUCAAAUUCUUAAAAAGUUCCACCAAGUGGCAGAAUACCUGUUGAAUAUUGGUUGCUGUGUUUCACUGAUAUUAAAACUUCCUUAUCCAUAUUCUAGUAAAAUAAUAUUUAUAUUUUAAGGGAUAAGAAAAUAGUUUGCAAUUAGAUAUUAACAUUCUUGAAAUAAAACAUAAAAAUGCUACAAAUAAGAGGCAUGAAUGUUUGAAGAAAUAUAGACAACUAAGCACAGACUUGAAGAGUUGUUCCAACUGUUUGGAGGCUAAAUUGACACUGCUAUUUCUUAUUUUUCCUUUGCCUCUUUAUAAAGAAGUUCAGUUGUACAGUGUUUUUAGUAUGUGGAAUGUACCAAAUAUAUCUAUAUUGUGAUUUAGGAGAUUCUAAAUAUGGAUAAUUGUGACCUAAGGAAAGUGAGUUUUUGUAAUUAAGUAAAAGGAAAAUUGUUCAGGAAUAAAUGAUCCUUCAAUUGACUUAUAUGAUUUACUAACUAUUUUAUUUGAAUAUUUAUUAAAAGUAUAUGAUUUAUAGUAUUUAUAAAAUAGCCACACAAAGAAAGAGGAACUGACCGUAGGUGUUUUAUCUCAUUUUACUACUGUUUGUUUAGUAUAUGUACAUGUAUGUUCUAGUGUACCAUAAUUUUUCAUUCUCAUUUUAAAAAGUUAAUCUAAUUUCCCCUGUUAUGGGUCAGUUUUAAACUCUAAUAACUUUAAUUAUAUAUUUGGCAAAGGGCUAAAACUAUGCUUGAAA